GUAGCCCAGCCCUUGGGUUGUGUUCUUUGCCGAGCGCUUCAUCUGCGUUAGGAGGGAGGGGAGAAAGAAAAAAAUGGCAACUACAGUAGCACACAAGGAGAGUGAGGCAGAACUUUUCAGCCUCCUCAAGUCAGCAAACCUUCUCGACUACUACAGCAACUUUAUCGAACAAGGCGGCGAUGACAUCCACCAGUUUUGCGAUGCGACCGAAGAAGAGUUCAAAGAGAUGGUUUGUUUGGUUGGCAUGUCGGCCAAGCCGCUCCAUGUGCGACGACUGCAGAAAUGUUUAGUUGAGUGGAAAGCUAAGAAAGCUCGGCGUGGGGAUCAAACUCCGGAGAAAUCUAGCUCCUGGAUAGAUGGGUGGACACCAAACCAGUCACCCAAUGUACCUAGGACGCCAACUGCUAUCGUUACGACUCCUAGCAAUGUUUCUUCUCGCAAACGAAAAGCAUCGAGCGGUUCAGCUGGAAAAGAAUCGACCGAGAAGCGAGUUGUCGAGCUCAAACUCCCGCCAAUGGACGUCAUCAUUGACUGGGAAAAGCUGGACCCUGAGCGGCAGCAACUCAUAAGGGAACACUCCAAGAUCUAUGGUCGGGAUGAGAAGAAAAGAAAGAGUGAUAACUUGAAUUGCCACGAGCAAAUGAUCAACGAAGCAGCCGCUCAACUUUGUCUUCGAGAUCCGACGCUUCUUGUUCGUAGAGACGAGCUGUUUACAAUGGCAAGACGCGUCGUCCGAGAAAGUGGAUUUACCUAUGUCCAUGGACAUUCCAGAUCUAAAUUCAUCAGUCCUGGCUCAGAAGAACUUAUGCUCGAUACAUAUGUCCAGGACCUCACUGAAAAGCACUUUGGUAAACGACCUCAUCAAUCUCAAGUGAAUAAACACAAAAGGAUAGAAAGGCUAACAGAAAUUGAUAACCUCCUGCAGAAGAACAAGGAAUUACAAGAAGACAUUUUGAGAAAGAUUGAGGAAUCAAGAACCUUGUUAAAUGGAACAGAGGUCAAUAGUUAUCAAGCCGAACUGAGCAAACUUCAAAAUGAUCAAGUUUCACUACAAAUAGAACAGAAAGAUUUGCGCAAGAAGCAGCGUCGGUCAGAUCGGUAUUACAGCAACAAGGAACCCAAAGAUAGUGAUUCUGGAGAGGGUGAAAAUGCAGAUGGGGAUAGACAAGAGGAGGUUCAGGAGGGUGCUGGUGUUCAUGGAAGUGGAGUCGAGGAAGCUUUUGUUGAAAGAAGUGAAGUACAAAAUGCUUCUCAUGCUCAUACUCAAGCCAUGGCAGUUCAACAGCAGCAGCAACCAGCUGCAGUUGUCACAGAAAUCUUACAGCCAGCUUCAGAUAAUACAGCAUCAACAACAUCAGUAACAGAGGAUGAAUCUUCUGUGAGAGCUUUGUACAGUGCUUUUAUGCCAAACCAGAUGACAAAUGAAGAACAUCAUCAAGCAGCCGCAGCAGCUCAUGCCGCAAACAUGGCAUCCUUUCAGGCAGCUGCCAGGGGUCAAGUACAAGGCUACGCCAUUGGUACCACUGCUAUAACAGACCCAACGAUCAAUGCUCUAUUAAGCUUAUCUGCAAAGGAUAAGACCAUGGUGCAAGGAGUUCACAACAUGGAUGGGGUAGGUAUGACAGUUCCUGUGACAGCUACCCCAGGUACACAUUCUACUGUCUUUUCAUCGCCGAACAUAACUGUUGUCAUGCCGACUGGACAUACUCUUCCAUCCAACAUGCAAGGAUGGAGAUAGAUGACUUUAAGUAACAUCCAAAUGUAUUACAUUUUUGAUUUAGCUCGCUGACAAUGGAGCAAUUUAGCUUAGGUAUGAUAGUUUCACAUUACAUUAGAAAUUACAUUUCAAAAAAACAAUGUCGUGCUCAAACUAAAUUGGUCUGCUCUUGGUAAGCAUGCAUGCUUUCACUUUUUUUUUUGCGUGAAAUGUUACGUAUUAUUCAAAUUUCUUCGCUUGCUUAUUACAUGUACAUACAGUGAUGUGAAAUAGACAGAAAAACUCAUUUUUAUUCCUCAACUCUUGGUACAGAGUUUUAAAAUUGAUUUAGGUGUUGAAGCAAACUGAUUUUUUUGAACAAGAUUCAAAAGUUAAAAUUGAUGGAAAAUGUGUAGUAUAGACGUGGUAUACUCUGAUUGGCAUUUGAGAGACAGGAAGAACUAUGUUGGACUAGUGAUAUCACCAUUGCUGUGCCAGGGUUUCCCUAGGUUUCUACUUCGAAAUUAUCACAGUAGUCAUAAUCUAAACCAUUAUAAAGAUGGCUGAUCGAGAUAGAUAGGGUUCUACUGUAAACCAAGAAGUCUCCUGCCAACAUAAGAGAAUCUGCUCUAUACUAUUCUUUGCCAUGUAAUAUUUUAUCAAUAUUUCUCAUAAAACUCAGCUGUAUGUAUUCACAAUCAAAACAUUGUACAUAGAAAACUAUAACUUGAUCUUCCAGCAAUAUUCAAGAAUUAUUAAGGAAGAAAAAAUUGGCGAAUGGAUGAAUAUGAUUUGGUCUAGUCUCAAAAAGUUAGAGGCUGCUAAGUAUCAGUUAACAUCAUCUAGAAUUUAAGACGCAAGUGAUAUUACAGAUUGUUGAAAGUUAAACCAUAUUGAUAUUACAUUAAUAAUGAUAUUGACAUAUUUCGUAAUUUAAACCAUACUGUUGCCAUGGAAGCAAAGCACAUCCAACAUCCUUUAUCCAUUUCCAUGUCAUGUCAUUGCAGUCUGGCAUAUUGGCCAUAUUUGAUGAAAGCUUUUUUCAUUAUAUAGCUUUUAAGUGUGCUGUUAAUCGGAAAAACGUCUGAGUUCUGGGUCCAAUCAAAUGAAGAGUAGUCAUGUCAUGAUAUGAUUUGUUGUCCAAAAGUUCUAAUUAUUUGUGGAGCUUAAAUCAAGAACAUUUUCCACUAUAUUUUAAUAGUUUCUAUGAGUAGUUGGACUCGAAAAUAUGUCAUAAUGUAAAAGCUCUAAACCUGCAAUGUGAACAUUGCAUUUCAGACUCUUAGGAAUGACUACAAACUGCCAGUUUCUUAUAAAUUCUGUGACUGCUUAGUUGACUUUGAACAUCAUUCACUUGGUUUGUGCUUUGCUACUAGAGGCAAUUCUUAUGAACAUUGAGAGAAAAAACUUUGGAUGUCUAUAAUAGUCUAGUACUUGUCAAAAAACCCAGCCAUAUUUGAUUUUGUGAAAGCUUGUUUAGCACGUAUUAGACCUGAUUGCAUACCAUAUAUUCGUGAACUUUGUAAGAAAUUGCACAAGUUAGUAAGUUCAGUAGACUGUAGACCUACAAAACUUUGCACUAAUUUGUAAAGUUUAUUUGUUAGUUAACAUUUUUACAGACAUACGGUAUGCACUCUAUUGGUCUCAAAACAACGUUUUGUGAAAUUAUUUCCCAGGCCAAGGGUGACUUGGGGGAGACUGACUUUGCUUCAUUUUACAGAAACACCAAUUGGUCUCCUCAAGUGAUUUGGUCUAAAUUGGUUUUAUGAACUUCACAUUAUUACAUUGUUAUCCAAAAAUAGUGGCUCCAACAUUUCUUUUUAACAUUAUGUAAAGACUUAUGAAAGAAAAAAUAAUAAAGUAUAGAUAUAAGAAUCAUGAA